GGCGUGUGUGUUUACUGCUGGUGCGUUCUAUAGGACUUGGUGCGUUCUUUAGGUCUGGGUGCGUUUUUAAUGAAUUGGUGCGUUCUAUAGGAAUUGACCAACUGUUUAAACUAACACGAACGCUGCUAGUUUGCUAGUGGCUGAAACAUCUUUAAUUGAAUUUAAGAAGGACAGAUAAACAUUAUCUGAUACAACACUGUCAACAGACAUAAUUGGAAACUAAUUUGACCGAUUAACAACGAAAGUUUGUUGCCGGAAAUUUUAACUCACACAGCCAUCAUGGAUGGGAUAUUUGUCCUGACAUGCGCAGUCCUGUUAGCCAUGCUGGAUAUAGCAAGUUCCGGUGAAUCCCAGGCAGUCCGUGAUUGUGGCGGUCAACAUGUGUGUACAACACUGAUGAGGUACAGGGACGGGACCACGGUGGACGAAGGAGACAACUGCAUAUGUCGGGACGGGUUGGCGUGUAGCAAGACCUGGGACGAGACCCACGGGGACCAGAGCCUGACGUGGCAGCACUACGAGCGAGCCCACUGGAGCGUCCAGUACAGGUUCUGUACGCGAGUGUUCCAGGACAAGAACAUCUGCCGGCCCGGGGAGAUGGCGGCCAUCGUGGAGACGGACGUCAACAAGUGGGAGCCUUUUGUCAGCAACCCCCGCUGCGUAUGCGAGAAUGACGUCACGUUCAAAAUCAUGGGGUGGAAGAGGGAGGGGCAGUCGUGGAAAUAUUUCUACCAUUGUGAAAAGGAUGAAUGCCGUGACCCCAGUCAAACACUGAACGACAAAAGUGUUUGUGCCAAGAUCUACGUGGACACACGCAAGUACACGGACAAGGUUCUGGAGGUACAGUUCCUGUGUAACUGUCCGGACGGAUAUUUGUGUCCGGCCAAGUUCGACGAGAAGGCGGACAACAGCCGGAUUACGUCAGACGAGACCGGCGAUUACGUCACCAAAGAGUGCGAGACCAUUAAAAAAAAGAAAGGAGGCUCGGUCUAAAAAAUAUUUCAAUUUUUUUAACUCGAGGAAAUAAGAGUUCAGUAUUUAAAAAAAAUUAAAUAAAAAAAAACAUGAAUGGAGUCUCGGUAAGAAAACUGUUAAACAUCUGUUUAGUUCAAGGAGUCGGCAUCUCUGCUGAAGUCAAAAUCGUGAAAAUGUAAGAAAUAAAAAUAAAAAAACAGAAGGAAUUAAACGCUCUUUAUUGUAUGGGACCGUU